AUGGCACGGAAGACGGUAGCUACAUCCAGAGCUGCAAUUAUCUCGGGUACGGAACGAUAUGGAAAUCUACCCGGUGAUCCGGUUGCGGGAUCAGCCCCCAAGAGGAGGAGAUACAGACCAGGAACGCUAGCGUUAAGGGAGAUUCGUCAAUACCAAAAAAACACAGAUUUGCUUAUACGAAAACUCCCAUUUGCCAGGUUGGUGAAGGAGAUCGCAGAUCAUUACAUUGGCUCGAACUAUGGUAUCAGAUGGCAGUCCAAUGCCGUUCUAGCGCUACAAGAGGCCUGUGAGGCUUUUCUAGUACACCUAUUGGAAGAUACCAACUUGUGUGCAAUUCACGCCAAAAGAGUGACAAUUAUGCAGAAAGAUAUUCAGUUGGCAAGAAGAAUACGAGGCCAGUUAUAG